AGGCGCCUACUCCGAUCGAUCGCGGAUCGACCUAGACACGCGCUUUCGCACAUUCCUCGACCCUCAACCUGACCUUCUAAUUGAGCGCUGAAUGCCACGUCUCUAGUCCGAGGAGUCAACUGCGCUCCUUGGUCUUGUCCAUUGCCAGACGCGAUCAUGGCUACCACGCCACCCCUCCCCGCCGAAAUGCCCGCCAUGGCGCUUGGUGCCAGCGAUGCCCACGAUAACGAUCCCUUUCGCCCGGCUGGCCCAACCCACCACCGCUUCUCAAACUUCAACGCCCAGCUAUUUGCCCUCGGCCCCAAUGCUUCGCCAGCCCAGGCAAAACGCGCCUUGGAGGCACAUCUAGCCGAGACGGACAGGAGAAUGGAGGAAGCCGGAAAGCUCGGCACCGCACUGGUCCAUCAGCGGAACGAGCUGACGGAGCGACUCAGAGAAGUCGAGAAGUUGCAGGCAGAGGACGAGUUGUCGGAUGACCUGCGCCAUAAGCUGGCCGAGAUAGAGAAGGACUAUCACGAGGUUGCUAGAGAGAGUGCUCGUGCAUUUUUACCCAAGUCGCGCGUCCCUAGUAAUGAGGCUGCCGUGGGUUCUCCAUUCGUGCCUGAAGGCAAGGGUGGCAAACGCUCCGUUAGUCCCUCUAAAUUCGAAGCCCAGGCUACUGCGUCACCCACAAAGCUUAAUGUGCCUAAUCGCAAGAUCCGAAACCAGCCUUCCAAUCGGAUUCAUGACAUCGAGUUCGCUGCCGAAAUCAGUACAUCCUUGAUCGCCCAAGUGCGUAACUUGCAAGGGCUGCUCGCUGAAAAGGACGAAGAGUUGAAAGACCUUCGUUCCGAAAACUCAAAGCUGGAAUAUGAAGUCGAGGGAUUUCAACAACGGCUUAAGACUCUUGACGAUAGCGAGCAUCGGUAUAAGGAUGAGAACUGGAAUCUCGAAACACAAGUUCACGAAUUGAUGGCAAAAGAGAGGGAGGCUGCGGAUCGUGAAAAGAAGCUGACGCAGGCACUGAACCUUCUUCAGUCCGAAAAGAAUGCGGGCCAGAGGGAGCUAGAUGAGAUCAAGUUGACCCACUCGAAGCUCGUCGAGGAACAUGCGGCAGCCGUCAAGCACCAUGAUAUUGAACUAGGUACCGCGAAGCGGAGCAUGGUCAUGGCCGAGUCGGAGAGGGCUGCCCUACAAAAGAAGAUCGACGACUUGGCUGGGCGGAAUACAGAGCUUGCCCAAGCAAUGUCGCUCUCAAUACGUGCCAAAAAGACGGAGCGGGAAUCUAUCGUAGGCAUGAGCGACGAGGACUUCCAGACUGCUCACGACAACACAACGCCAGAACAAUCCCCUCCAGCUUCACCCGUCAAAGGCACACCGCGACAUUCCAUGUUGGAAUCUGAGACGUUGAAGACAUCCCUUGCUCAUGCUCAGCGCCUAAUACAAAGUUUACGUAGCAAUGUUCAUCGUGAGAAGACAGAGAAAAUCGAGAGCAGGCGACUCCUUCAAGAAGCUCGUGAUGAGAUUGAGAGACUUCGCGGUGAACCUAUGGUCCCUAACAACAAGCGUGCUCGGAAGACUGACUCCAAAGAGUUUAAGAAACCACCACGGCUUUUAGGUGGCCUGCGUAGUGCUCGUAGCGAGAUAUUCACAGAGGAUACUAAUUGGGAAGAUCAACCCGAUAUGCUCCCUCAUCCUCGCUCAUCACCUAUCUCCCGCGAAACGACCAUGCUGUAUGACCCGGUUCCUGAACAUACCGACCAUUUUGAGACUGCCAACGAGACAAGCGACGCAGCAUUCGAGACCGCAAAUGAGAAUGCUACAGAGACUGAUGAUUUCCACACAGGCGCGGAGGAAUUUUCGAGUGAUGAUGUCGAGACUGAGACCGAGAGUCCUUCCAAACGUCGGACAUUGACGGGCAGACCUCCGAAUCUGCUUAUGCAUCGCAGCCACUCGAUUGACAGCACUGCCUCGACCGAAGAUGAAGACUUCCCUUACGAGGACAUGAAAACGCCCACUCAUCUGCCGCCACUUCAAGCGAAGUUCCCUCUUCGUGUUAGUCGUGGGGCUUUCCGCCGAUCUCGAAAUGCCAGUGAAGAGCCCGCUCUUCUAAGCAGCCCAGCAAGCUUUGCAAAUAGCAGCAAUAUGGGAACCCCGCAGCAACCUGCACAGAGCUUGGCUGCCGAGCUGGGAGACUUUGAUGGUAGCGAUAAUGAGUCUGCCAUGUCGGCCACGCCAAGUAGAAGAUCAGUUAGGGGUCGAGCCAUAACUCCUCCACCAGCUCUGCCACCACUGCCGAGAGUCAUCAUGGUUGAUAGUGGUAUGAUGACGGAGCCCGUUCAUGAGCUUCCUGGCUCUGUUAGAGUUAGAGGUGCUGUCAACCCUGAUCGACCCAUGUCCAUGGCCACAGUCAUGAGUAGAUUUUCCAUGGGUUCUGAUUAUAGCGAUUCUGUCACCCAUGAUCUUGGAGAGAAGUUGGCUGAAUUCCCAACGCCUCCGACAUCUUCGCCUAUGAGAGAACAUGCCCUGCCACCAUCGCUUGUAUUGUCAACAGUCCAUUCUCAUGAUGUAGAGCCUCUUCCAGAGCCUGAUACUCGUGGAGCUGAGAUGGCCGCUCUCAGCAUGAAGCAUGAGGAAGAACUGGAGAAAUUGCGUGCAGAUAACGCUUUAGCCCAUGCUACCGCGAUUGAAGCUCUAAAUUCAGAGCAUCACAAUGAACUCACGGCUGUCAAACAAGCCCAUGCCCAAGAACUGGAAGGUCUACGCUCUGACCAUUCAGACAGUACUAAGAUAGCGAUUGCUGAUAUUCAAGCGGCCCACGCUCGUGAAAUCGAGUCUAUCAAAUCGAGUCAUGCCGAUGACACUAGUAAAGCCGCUGCCGAUGCGCAGGCAUUGUAUGAACGAGACUUGGAAGCAUUGAAGACUCGCCAUACUGAGCAAUUGGCUCAAAGAGAAUCCGAAAAGACAGCAACUCUUGCUAUUGAGUUGGCAGCUCUUAGAGCAUCCCAUGCUCAGGAGUUAUCUCGAAGGGAAUACGAAAUUACCGCUGCCCAUUCUGCUGACGUAGAGGCCUUGAAGACUUCCCAUAAUGAAGAAAUUUCUCGAAAGGAAUCAGAGCGUGUCGCUCUUUAUGCUGCUGAUACUGAAGCUCUUAAGGCCACACAUGUUGAGGAGCUAGCUCGCCAAGAAUCUGAACUCAAGGCCACUCAUGCGACUGAGAUUGAAGCCUUGAAGACUGCCCAUGUGGAAGAAAUAUCACAAAAAGAGUCUGAGCUGAAAGCUGCAGCCCUGGCUGAGGUAGAGGCGGUCAGACUGACACACACCGAGGAACUGUCCAAGUUCAAAGAAGAGAGAGAUGCAGCUCAUGCCACUGAAAUGGCUGCAUUGGCUGCUAGCCACAGCAACGAGAUCGAUGCCGCGAAGAAAGAACUGUCUGCAGUGCAUGACAAGGAAUUCGAGGACCUCAAGUCAAGCUAUGCUAACCAGGCCGAUCAGGCCAAACAGUCAAUGGAUGCUGCCCAAGCCGAAGAGUUAGAGCGCCUUAAAGCGUCUCACUUGCAGCACAUCGAGGACAUGAGAGCCUCCAUUAAUGCUACCCAUGCUGAAGAGCUGGAGUCACUCAAGGUUGCUCAUGCCCAGCAAAUAGCGGACGUUGAAACCAAGCUAACUGCCGCCCAAACCGCUGUUAUUGCUUCACUCACCGAGUCGCACAACAAGCAAUUAGAUGACGCUAAAAAUAUUCUGCAUGAGUUACAUUCCCAAGAGUUGGCCUCUCUAAAAGACCUACACUCGCAGGAACUUGGGUCUUUGAAAGCCACCCACAUUGGACAAAUUGAUACUUUCGGGAAAGAAAAAGACACCGCCCAUGCCGCAGCUAUUGAUGCGUUAAUCAAGUCUCAUGAUCAGGAGAUUGGUGAGCUUAAGAACACUUUGAGUGCCACUCAUCUUCAGGAAAUUGAACGCCUUAGCGCUUCUCAUGCUGAAAAACUUGAUGAGCUCAGGAAGGAGAGGGAUACGGCUCACAUUGCAGCACUUGCAGUUUUAACAGCAACCCAUGCUAAAGAACUAGAGACUCAAAAGAGCGAUAGCGAGACUAUUUUGGCGAACGAAAUUGUUGCCCUCAAAGCUACACAUGCGCAAGAGAUCGAGGGGCUAAACAGCCAACAUGCUGCAGCUCAUGCCAAGGAACUUGAAGUCUUUGAGGCUGCUCUGGCGAAGCAAGUCGAGUCCUCAAAGACCGAGGGUGAUGUAGCUCACAACCAAACAAUCGAGGCAUUGAACGCCGCUCAUAGUGAGAUCAUUGAAGCUCAUAAGCGUGAUGCCGAAAUUGCACAGAGCCAAGCCUUAGAUGCUCUCAAGUCAUCACACGAACUCCAGCUUGAGACGCUCAAGACCGAGCACAUAACAACACGAAAUACCGAACUGGAGCUAUUAACUUCAAAACACCUUGCGGAGCUAAGCGAUCUGAAGGCUGCAAAUGCAACUGCCAAUGCAGAAGAAUUGGAGGCUUUAACUACAAAGCAUCUGAAUGGGCUGAAGGGCUUAAAGGAUGAACACGAAGCCGCUAGGUUGCAGCUUCGUGAAGAGCUCAGUAGUGUCCGGUUGACAGAGCUUGAGGCUCUUCGCCAAGACCUUGAGGCUACUCAUUCAAAAGAGCGUGAACUGCUACGUCAAGAUAUCGAGUCAUUGAAUGCCAAACAUGCAGAGGAUCUCGAGGCUCUUAAGAGUGAACACCAAGCUACGAUACAGCUGCAACUUCAAGAGCUGACAGACAACCAUUCACGAAAAAUUGCAAGUCUCCAUGAAGAAGAUGGACAAUCGAGGUCGAAAGAACUUGCGGCGCUAAGUGCCAGCCAUGCUCAGAUACUGGAAACGUUGAAGGGUGAGCACGAGACUAACUUAGCACGGAAGGUACAAGAGAUUGUCGACUCUCAUGCCCGUGAAUUGGAAGAGCUACGCCAGCAAACCCAAGUGGACCAUUCACGUGAACUCUCUGCUUUGGCUACUGGGUAUCAAAGUGAAAUGGAGAGGGCGAAGAAGGAGUUCGAAUCCGUACGCCAAAAAGAACUUGCUGAUCUCCAAUUUGCUCAUGCUGCUACCUUGACAUCUCUUCGCGCUGAACACCAGGCCACCCUCGAGCAGGGCUUAUCCGGCUUAAAAGCGAAACACUCAGAAGCCAUAGAGGCUGCUAAACGCGAGCGAGACAACGGUGCAUCUGAAGCACUCCAGGCGCUUGAAGUGAGCCAUGCUCAGCAGCUCGAUCAGCUCAAGAAAGAGAGCAACGCUACGCUUUCUCGUGAGCUGGAUGUACUUAAGGCUCAACAUGUACAAAUGCUCAACUCACAAGCCGAAGAGAGCAACGUUAGACGCCAUCGAGAGAUUGAAGUGCUUCGGCUUCAGCAUGCCCAAUCGAGCCAAGUUGCACUUAAUCAGCUGCGCGAUACACUUACUUCUCAGUAUAGGCAAACUCUUCAAUCCGAACUGCAAAUCCUUCGUGACACCCACGCUGCAGAACUAGAAGCUCUACGCGCCAGUCUAGCUAAAGCUCAGCCUACUUUGGGGUACUCUUCAAUGAGUUCCAUCGAAACAGAGCCAAUCGAGGAGCUACCCGAACUUAAGAGUCCUAGGCGGGAAGCAUUCAUUAUUCCACGGGAUGGAGAGCCAAGGACACCACAGUCUUACGGGUUUACUAAACAAUCUCGGGCUUCAGAGGUACCGAUAAUAGCCGAGGACGAUACUCGCCAAUCACCGAGUGCAGUCAGGCCCGAAACUCCUGAUUCACAACAACCGUUCAAGGAGAUCACAACUAAUACUGAUGCUCGACCAUUCCGGAAGCUCGCUACAAGCUCUUCCCACCAGAGCUCUCAAACAUUGCUGACGGCAGAGGGCUUGGAUCUGUUACUGAAGAAUCAAGGCCGAGACCCAGCUACUACCGAUGUACCAGCUGAUGAGGCUAUGGCUGCAACUCCCUCAACGGUUCGCAUCAGACGCUCAUCCACCGAUAGCGUCGGCAGCGUCGUACGUGCGAAGCCUAGCAGCGCUGCUUCCGAACACUUUCCUAGCCGCAGGCCUGGAAGCCGUAGCUCUGCGCAAGAUCGACCCCCGUUACCUGAGAAUCAUCGUGAAGUCAUUGAGGCUGCGCGAACCGGUUCCGCUCAUGGUCGUAAGGGUAGCAUGGGCCCCCCGCUGUAUCCCGCAUCCGCUUACCGUCCUUCAUCUCGUCCACAAACUCCUAGCAACAAACGACCUAUGUCGCCAGCCUCUGUCGUCAAAGGGACACCUACACCCCGUGCCGGUAAGACCCCGGGGCACGCGGAUGUCCACUCGCCGGUCAAGAUGCCUGCGCGCAGCAGACAAUCAUCUAUAUCCUCAUUCGCAUCAGAGAUCGAUACCCGUUUCAAUAUUCACAACGGGAUGGGCAUGGGACCAUCGGGUUUCGGUCCUAAUACCGAUCCUCGCAUGAUUCAAGCUGUCACCCAAACGAUGAUUGGCGAAUACUUAUGGAAGUAUACCAGGAAGACGGGACGAGGAGAGAUGUCCGAAAACAGACACAGGCGAUUCUUCUGGGUUCAUCCAUAUACGCGAGCUCUGUACUGGAGCGACGGUGACCCGGCUGCUGGCAAUCGUGGUGAGAUGAAAGCCAAGAGCGUGCCGAUAGAAGCAGUUCGAGUGGUGGCAGAUGAUAAUCCUAUGCCUCCUGGACUUCAUCGCAAGAGUCUCGUUGUCAUUGCUCGUGGUCGCACUAUCAAGUUCACCUGCACAACUGGUCAGCGACACGAGACGUGGUUUAAUGCGUUGUCGUACCUUUUGCUACGGUCAAGUGAUGAAAACAAGCAAGAUGCCGAAGAAGUAGCGGGUAACAUCACCCAAGAAGAUGUGGAUGAAUUCAACCCCCCUAUGCAUCGCCGAGCAGCAAAUGGUCAGAGACCUCAGGCACCACCAUCUCUUUCAUCAUACAACUCGAGGACAACUCGCAAUGACUCGCCAAAUCUAGAUGUAUCGAUGAGUAUCCCGACCUUAACGCCUACUCAUGAAAGAGAAGUAGUCACUCGUAGUGGCACGCUUGGUAGGCUAAGCGGUUACUGGAAAUCCAGCAACCUCAGCCGCGGCACCUUCAGUAGUCUGAGGAGUCGAAGCUACCAGCCUGAUAACAAUGCCAUCUACGAGGCUAGCGAGGUCCCCGAUAGCGCUGAAGAUGUACGACGGAUCAUUGAGCAGCAGGACAGGGAGUCCGAUAGGCUUGAGAAUGUGAGAGCCUGUUGUGAUGGAAAACAUGACGUGGGCACGCUGUCGCAUACUUUGAAACGUGGCCGGAUUCCUACUUCCUUCCAGUCACAUUCACACCCGCAAUCUGUGGCGGGGUCUGUACGGUCUCGUACAUAAAAUGAAAUCCAUUUCGCUGUUCUAAUUGCAUGGGUAUGCGAUGGGAAAUGCAUGGCACUAUCUUUGUGCUGUUCAAUCGUUUUUUCUUGGUUUUUAACUAAGUACUUAGGUACUUACUUCUACUUUACUUAUAUGUUGCUGUGUUAACAACACCGAGAUGACGAAGAAAACCCUAAUGGGAAUCCUAUGAUGCCUACGACUAGUUUAUUUUCCUUUUUGGUCUUUUUUUUUUUUUUUUUUCGAUUAGGGACCCUAUUUUGGUGGGAGCGAUACAGAUCCUGUCCUGUUCGCUGUCUAGAACCAAUGUCCUAAAUAAAACCGAAUUGUGCUCGCC